AUGACUCUCGCUCAACUUAUUGGAUACAGUGUGCUUACCUUUGCAGCAUGGAAGCUUGUUCGGAGACAUGCCUCCAGAAAGGCAAACGCCCUAGAUGUUGCAGGCCCAGAAAAGCAACAUUGGUGGAAAGGCAACAUGGAGUGGAUGUUUGUGGACGGUUUCCAACGCUGCUUAGACGUUGCUGCAGAAUUUGGUGGAGCUGUUAGGAUCCAUGCAUUAUUUGGAGAGGAAUGGCUAUAUGUGUCAGACCCACGCGCGCUCCAUCAUAUCCUUGUCAAGGAGCAGCAUACAUUUGAAGAAAAUGACAGCUUUUUGUCUUGCAAUAAGCUUAUCUUCGGCGACGGUCUUAUUUCGACACUAGGGGAACAGCACCGAAAGCAGCGCAAAAAGCUCAAUCCAGUGUUCUCCACUGUCAAUAUGCGGGAGCUCCUGCCCGUUAUUCAAACCAUCUCCCAUCAGCUAAAAUCUAUCCUCGUGUCAAAUCUUUCUUCCCGCAGUGAGGAUGAUCAUGCACGAUGCAGGGAGUCCGUAGAACUCGAUGCGUUACCCUGGCUCUCCCGCAGUUCUCUGGAUUGUAUUUGCGAGGGCGUGCUGGGCUACCAUUCAGCUGCACUAGAGACAGGAAAUGAGGACGAGUAUACAAAUGCUCUACGAAUGUUAGGUCCAUUCAUCGCUAAAACCCUGAUAUUUCGUCCUAUCAUUCCGAUAGUUAUGCGCAAUUGCUCUCUUUACUGGCGAAAAAAGAUAUUAGACUGGCUGACGAUAAGUUGGCUGCCGACGCAAAUUAUGAGGGAUCUCAGAGAGCUACGCCACAUAGUCGAAAUCAUGGACUCAGCCAGUAGAGCCAUCUUUCAAGAGAAGAAGGAUGCGCUGCAGCUGCAGCUACCCUCCCCUCCCCUAUCACGGGCCCACGACACGUUGGGAGGAACAGCGGGGAAAGAUAUGAUGUCUAUUAUGGUCAAGGCAAACGCCUCAUCUUCCGAGGUAGAUAGACUAAGUGAUACCGAGCUCUUGGGACAGAUGAACGUCAUGAUUUUUGCUGGUCUCGAGACGACGACGGCAGCAGUGGCUCGUGCACUGUACAUGCUUGCUAAGCACCCUCAUGUCCAGGAACAACUGAGGAUAGAAAUUUGUGGUGCUAUGGCUGCAUCUCAAGUUCCUGACCUUGACCAUUCGCACGCCAAAGAUGAAAGCGGAUCCGCCAGGCUGUCAUAUGAUGUAUUGAUGAAUCUUCCUUUACUAAAUGCAGUUGUUCGAGAGACAUUAAGGCUCUAUCCAUCGUUGCCUGUUCUCACUCGAAGAACUACAGAAUCAGCCUCAGUCCCAUUACAAUUCCCAGUUCGGUCUGCAUCUGGUGAAGAGAUCGAUGUAAUCCAUGUGGCUAAGAACCAGAGACUCGUCAUAUCCAUCCUUGCUGCGAAUCAUAAUCAAGCUGCCUGGGGUGAAGAUGCGUCAGAAUGGAAACCUGAUAGAUGGCUCAAAUCUUCUCAAGGGGUCUCACCUGGGGACAAGGACGGAGUGAAAUAUCCGGGUAUUUAUUCAUCUAUGAUGACCUUCCUCGCAGGCAAUCGCUCCUGCAUAGGCUUCAAAUUUGCCGAAAUGGAAAUAAAGGACGUGUUGGCCACUCUUCUGCCAGCCAUUCACUUUGCCCUGCCGUCAGAACCCGACCACAACGGAAAUGUGAAGGAGAUACACUGGAAAAUGACUGGUUUCCACAUACCGGUAGUGAAGGCACCUGCAGGAGAUGGCGAAACUCCUCACCUGCCUUUGAGCAUGCAGCUUGUCCGAGAAUGA